CCACGUUCAUCCAACUUUCAUCGUCGAAUGCUGUCAUACUGCUCGCAUAAUGUCGACAGAAUGACGUCAUCUGCGCGUGCGCAGAAGAUCUCUACUACGACCACCAGUCCAGACAACAAUGCCGUAUCCCAUGACACACCAGGAAGCAACGACCAAUCAGAAGACCUACAAAAGCAACUCACAGCUUCCCAGGUGAUUCUCAACCAACGUGAAGCUAUGGCGAAGGAGCUACAGAAAGAGCGUAAUUCCCAGAUUGCGCUGAAUGACGUACUUUGCCUGGAAAUCGACGAACUGCGACGAGCUCUAUGCAUAGAAAGGACAAGAAGCCGAGCUCACAGCAGACACUUACAGCAAAUGUGUCAUCAAGCCAAUAACAACCUAGCAUCUACUAUUCCAGGCCUAGAGAAUGACAAGUCAGUCGUCUUUUAUAUCAUCUCGAACAUGUUUCGUCUACCAAGGACGUGGCUGGUCGGUGCUACAAGUAGAAUCACCCUGUUCUCUUGGUGGGUCGGCAAAUGGUUCAACGAAGGUCUUUCGAUUCUCAAAGUUGAAAACAAAUGGCUCGAGUUGCAAAAGGCAAACGCCCGUCUUGAAGAAGAGAAGACAAGUAUGGAGGAGCAUGCGCACUACUUACAACAACUACUGCAGGAGAAGGAAGACCACAUUGCACAUGCGCAAGAAAUGAACAAAAUACUGAAGCAGCGAGUCGAGAAGCUUGCACAGAAACAAAACCCCAAGAAAAAUAAAGACACGAAAGAGCUUGAAAAGCGCUUAGACAUUCUGCUGGAAAACAUCCAAAGACUUAAUUCCUCUAUAGAAAACAUGGAGAGGAGAAUGAGCGGAGCAACGGUUGACCUAGAGAGCAUUUACAAAAGAAUUCGCUCCAUGGCAAACAGUCAGAAGCGACUUGAAUCUCACGAGAAGGUACUGGAAGAGCACUUAAAGGAGAUGCUUGAAGUUAUUGCUCAUAUGCAGAUGAGAGAAGAGAAGAGGUAUUUUAGGGAUAUGAGCCGAGAAGCGGCCACAACUGGAUGUGUUAAGUGCAGUAGUGUCAGAAGAGGCAGCAGCUUGCCUAAUAUGUCACUUCCUUACCAUGAUGCUCUGAAAAGACAAACUAAACAUGAUGUUGCCACUUUGGAAAGUGUAAGAAUAACAGAAGAAGAUCCACGCAAAGAUGUCACACCGCCGAGCAGCGUGACCUCUUCCUCAACAAGUGACGUAUCACAUGAUGAUGGCAGUGGCGAGGAUAGCCAUUCGUUUCUAGACGAUACGCACACCUCAAUAGAAUUAUCCGACGCUGGAAUUCAAGUAGAACUUCAAGCGUCAGAAGUUUCUCAUUCAAAGCUAGAUGAUAGCUUCCAGCUUCUACUUUGCGACAUGUCCGGCUCCUGCCGCAUCAUUAUCGUGCUCGCAAUGUUUGGAAGUCUGUUCCUGUUCAUCUACAUAGCACUGUUGGCUGAAGAGUACUUCACCCAACCUUCGCGCAACUAUCUUUACAAUAAGAACUCAAGUUUCUUUGUCACUGUAGUAAGCAUAUUUGCAAACCUGGGACGGUACCUUUUCGUCAGUUGAAUCAAUAAACGAUUUAAGAACUGCGA